AUGGGAGCGAGCCGGGAGCAAGGCGGCGCGCAAGCGCGAGGGAAGAGCCAGACGCCGGCGAGACGAAGAAGAGAAGGCAGCAGCCACGGCGACGGCGACGGCACCGCAGCCACGACCGGCAUCAGGGCCACCAGCGGUCAUGCACUCGACCGACAUCAGGGCCACCAGCGGCCAUGCACUCAGCUGACCACCCGCGCUCUGCUGGCCUUCUCCCUCCUCCUCCACUUCCUCCUCCUCCACUUCCUCCUCCUCUCGCACGUUCCGUCCUCCUCCAGGGCUUACUGCUCCUUCUUCCCCUGGCCCCUCUUCUCCCUCUCUUCACUCGAUGCCGCCACCGCCGCCUCCUCCACUCCCGUCCACAGCACCCGAUACUGCGUUUCCGUCACCGACUCCUUCCUCGUCGAGCGCUGGUUCUCCAACACAGCAAGAAGAGCUGAGCCUGAGCGUGGAUCGAGUCCGGAGGGAGACGACAGAAGAGGAAGCGACCCCCCUGGCCAGCUCGACAAGACGCUGUUUGACGCCGUCUAUGCCAACAUGCAGAGGCUGAAGUCGAACGUAGGGCGCGACCACGACGAUGACCACGAAGAGGAGAAGAUCGACGAGCAGAGGCGAGACCACAAGAAGGAGGUGGACGGUGACGAUGAUGAAGAAGAUGAAGAUGCAGAUGCUUGGGAUGAGCAGGGUGCAAUGGAUUGGAGCGAGGAGGAGGGUGUAGGGUACGCGCGGAGCCGCGGGGAGUACAUUGUGGGCGGCGGCCCGCCACGUCGACGCAACCAACCGCGCCAGGCCGAGAACCUGUGGGGCGCACGCAUGACCGGCAGCCUCUGGGGCGAGGCCAACGAGUGGGACAGGAGUGAUCUCACCAUCGAACAAGUCCUCAAAAUGCAGGCCCACACGGAAGGGGUGGGCGAGAUGUCGAUCACGCAGCAGCUGGUGGUGGCGCUGAACAAUCAGAUGAACGAGCGGAUGAACGACUUCAGCCGUCAGAUGGAGUACAUCAUCACGCUGCUCGUUGUGCUCGACACCAAGGUCAAACACCUCGACGACCGCCAGGCCCAGUUCCACGCCUGGAUGAUGGCUCGCGAGCGCGAGCUGGAGGACCAACGGCGAGCGAAUGUAAAAAGAGAGGAAGAGUACCCAGGACGAACAUGA